UGCCCGGGCAGCAGGCGGUCGAAUCCUGCCCUGCCCGGCCCUAGGCGCACAGAGGAUGGCCGGAGGCGCGGAGCGAGGCGGCCAGGCGGCCGGCUGGGGGAUGCGCGGCGCCCUGGCGGCCGUGGCGCUGCUCUCGGCGCUCAACGCGGCGGGCACGGUGUUCGCGCUGUGCCAGUGGCGCGGGCUGAGCGCGGCGCUGCGAGCCCUGGAGGCCCAGCGGGGCAGGGAGCAGCGCGAGGACACCGCGCUGCGCGCCUUCCUGGCCGAGCUGAGCCGCGCCCCGCGCCGGGCGCCCGCUCCACCCCCGGACCCCGCGAGCGCCGCGCGCAACAAGCGUAGCCACGGCGGGGAGCCCGCGCCCUACAUCCGCGCGGAGAACCAGGACAUGCUGAUGAUGAUGACCUACUCCAUGGUGCCGGUCCGAGUGAUGGUGGACCUGUGCAACAGCACCAAGGGCAUCUGCCUGACAGGACCUCCUGGCCCACCAGGACCUCCAGGAGUUGAUGGCUUUCCAGGACACAAUGGAUCAGACGGACAACCUGGCCCCCAGGGCCCAAAAGGCGAAAAAGGAGCAAAUGGAAAAAGAGGAAAAAUGGGACUACCUGGAGCCACAGGAAAUCUGGGUGAAAAGGGAGAAAAAGGAGACCCUGGAGAAUUGGGCUCACCAGGAAUUGAGGGCCCUCCGGGGCAGAAGGGAGAAAAGGGAGACAAAGGAGAUGUGUCCAAUGAUGUGCUGCUGGCAGGUGCCAAAGGAGAUCAAGGCCUACCCGGCCCACCUGGGCCUCCAGGGCCCCCCGGUCCUCCAGGACCCCCCGGAAGCAGAAGAGCCAAAGGCCCUCGGCAGCCAAACAUGUUCAACGGCCAGUGCUCAGGAGAGACAUGUGCCAUACCAAAUGAUGACACCUUGGUUGGAAAAGCUGAUGAGAAAAUCAGUGAGCACCGUUCCCCUCAAGCAGAAUCCAUGAUCACUUCCAUUGGAAAACCAACACAAGUAUUGAAACUUACGGAGACAUUUGGGACCUGGAUAAGAGAGUCUGCUAACAAGAGUGAUGAGCGCAUCUGGGUGACUGAACACUUUUCAGGUAUCAUGGUGAAGGAAUUCAGAGACGGGCCCUCCCUUGUGAAUGGCAGUUACACGUUCAUCCACCUCCCGUAUUAUUUCCACGGCUGUGGGCAUGCUGUUUACAACAACUGUCUCUACUACCACAAAGGCGGUUCCAACACCAUAGUGAGAUUUGAAUUUGACAAAGAAACUUCCCAAACUCUGAAGCUUGAAAACGCCUUGUAUUUUGAUCGAAAAUACCUUUUUGCAAAUUCCAAGACUUACUUCAAUCUAGCUGUAGAUGAAAAGGGCCUUUGGAUUAUCUAUGCUUCAAGUGUGGACGGCUCGAGUAUUCUUGUAGCACAACUGGAGGAAAAGACAUUUUCCGUGGUGCAACACAUCAAUACCACGUACCCCAAAUCCAAGGCCGGCAACGCCUUCAUCGCCCAAGGAAUCCUCUAUGUCACAGACACCAAAGAUAUGAGGAUAACAUUUGCCUUUGAUUUGUUAGGAGGGAAACAGAUCAACACAAACUUUGAUUUAAGAACUUCCCAAUCUGUUCUUGCCAUGUUAUCGUACAACAUGAGAGAUCAGCAUUUAUAUUCAUGGGAAGAUGGCCAUUUAAUGCUCUAUCCUGUGCAGUUUUUGUCAACAACAUUAAAUCAGUGACGUAUUGCAUUUUGUUCCCCUCAGUAAAUUUCAGAUGUUUUCUGGGGCCAUUUCUAUCCCAGCAGAAAACUUGUCUUUAAGGGUAGCUGGUUACUUAGAAGAUAAUCUCUUGAUAAAAGCGUUUAUAUGGCUUGUGAGUCCCCUUUAAAAUCAGGUUCUUAGUGAAAUAGCACCAGACUGGAAGUUAAAAUGGCUGUUUGGUGAUUCCUCCACAAACAAGCUGGGAAAGAUACCUCUCUCUCCAUCGGUUACAUGAAAGAGCUGGCUAAGAUGACCGGCAAGAUUUCCUCCACCUGUAGGAAAUUCUAUUGCCAUUAUCUAUUUGGUUUUGUUGUUUGGUUUUUUUAGCCACGUGCUGAACAAAUUAACCUUUGAGUUAAUAAGUCUUGUCGUUUGAGUAGUGAAUUCCUCAGUGCUGACUUACAUUUGAAGCCUUGGAAAGAUGUAUUGACCCUUCAGAGAUCCUAAGGUACCCCUUACCCAUUAUUUAUUGCUUUAUUCCUCAGCUCCUGAUUGCAGCUCUGAGUUUAGCAAAAGCCAGAAACAGCUACAUGCUCAGUUCUUUUUAAAUGAAACAGGUUCCUACUGGUUUCUGACCAAGGGAUUUAUAACUGUGGAUCAUAAACACUGACUCCUCAGGUCACUCUGGCUUCUUCUACCACAGCUGUGGGCCCUCUAGCCGCGUACUAAAUACUGUGUAAGUGGGUAUUAGUCUAGCUGCACUUUGCAGUGUUCAGAAGAGAGGCACCAUUUGUGGUUAUUAAAAUGAAGUUUUACUGGAGCGGAGCCAUACUCAUCUGUAUGUGUCAGUCUGUGACUACUUCCCCUCUAUGAUGGCAGUGCAGUUGCUGCCACAGAGUCUGUGUGUCCACAGUCCCUAAAACUGCUAUCUGACCCUUUGCAGAAAAUCUUUGCUGACUCCUGAUCGAGAAUAUGAACUGAGCUUGAUACUGGGAAGGGCUUACUCACCAGAACCUGUUUUGUUUUGCCUUUCCCUAGACGAAGAAGUGGCAUUUGAUAUGGCUUGUGUUUUUUUGCUAGAGGGGAAGGGUGAUAGCAUUGUCCCCCACAAAGCAGUUAGGGAGCUAUUCUUGCCCGACCAUAGUUUUAAAGAAUAUGACCUGCUCCCCUUGAACGCCAAGAGAGAAUCCAGUUUAAGUAGCUUCUAAAUACUCUAAAAUACACACCUUUUUCACCAACUAACUUCUUUAGAUGUCCUUCAGCCCAGCACUGAGGUCCUGGCAGGGCCACUGAGAGUAGAGAGGAAACUGGGAAAAGUCACUGGGGCCUUGCAGCCAAGAAGGGGAACAAGGGAACAUCUUACAUAAAGAUUUUUUUUUUAGCAAUUUGCCCUAAUUUGUGUGUUCUGAAACUUUUUAUCGUGGCCCAAAUCUAUUCUCAGUGGCCCUGAAUCCUGGUUUUACACAAUAUAUAUAAUAAAAGCAUUUUAAACCUUAGGGUAUAUACAGAUUGAAUAUUUAAAGCUUCCCCCAUCCCACCCCCAAAAUCCCCAGGCAGCUGUCAGUGACUUGUUUGUCACUGUCCUCAAGAUAAUGGGUAUUGGAACCUCCCCCACACAUACACUUUUUCAUUAGAAUUGUUGUCAUAUCGUCACAGCUUUUACUAAAUACUCUUUUCACACACCUCUUGGGUGAGGAACUCAUUUAUAAGAGGGCCAGACAAAUGCAAUUAGUGUAACCUGGUUCUUUGUACCCUCAAUGAAUCCCCAACAAUUAAAAAAAAAAUGCUCUUUUCAGAAUUGUGUUUUCUAACAGAGUUUCAUAUUCAAAAUCAAUAUGUCUAAUGAAUGCUAGUGUUCUUUUAGAGCAGUAGUUCUCAACCUUCCUAAUGCCGCAAAGGUUUUAAUAUAGUUCCUGUGGGUCAUGACCCACAGGUUCAGAACCACUGUUUUAGAGUAAUAUAUGUUACUGGUUCUGAACACAGGAGACCUGGAUAUGAAUAUAAUUUCAUAGUAAAAAUAGCAUUUAUUAGUCAUAGUAAUAUAUACAUUAAUUGUAUAUAUGGUAACAACCAAAGAGAUCACUUAUUGAAUUAGCACAUAUUCCUUUUAGAAAAAUGUUUUAGAAGCCCAAGUCUUGAUAGCUGAACUGUCUUGAUUCUGGCUCCCUUCAUUGUGAGUAAGGAAUCAUACGCUCAUCAUUAGUAAAGCUCAUACCAGGAUUUUUGUUUUUGUUGUUAUUGUGUUGUUGUUCUUUGGCUGUAGUGUAGUCCUGUGAGGACAACUGAGUUUGACCAAGGUUUAAUAACAGGGGGACAUUUUAUAAUUUACUUGACAGUCUUUACAAAGUGAAAAGAAUUAAGGUAUUGCUUAUGCUUUCCUGAAAACAGUACUUGGUUUUUUGAAAAGUUUUGGGCUCACUGCUAACAUGGAAUGCAGAAUCUAAUUAAGUCAAGAUAAUGUAGUUUACCUUUUACUUACAACCAAAAUUGCUUUAAAGCACUUUCCAAAUAUCUGCACUUCUGAUGUCAGAAUCAAAGCAGAUAAUUCUCUAAUUCUUCUUUAAUCUAAAGUAGAUAGCUUCCCACUGGAAAGUAAAUAAAACCACACCCGUCCAUCCUAAAGCUAGGCCAGAACCUAUUUCAAAGCAUUUUCUUUCAACUGGUAAAAUGUCCUUUUUCAUUAGCUAAGCAGUUGGUUCUGAUUUCAGUGUAUCAUCAGGCACAGGUGCGAUGACGUGAAAAGUUCUGGGGCAAAAGUUUUAAAAGAAGAGUUUUAAUCUUAGGCACCUUUAUAAUUACCAGGUGAAAAGUCCAAGGAGACGCAGUUCUCGAAGAGUCAGGUGUCAUUUUCCAGCUGGAUGUGAUAGCUCACAUCUGUUAUCCCAGCACUUUGGAAGGCCAAGGAGGGCAGAUUGCCUGAGAUUAGGAGUUCGAAACCAGCUUGAGCCAGAGCAAGACUCCUGUCUCUAAAAGUAGCCAGCUGUGGCAGACUCCUGGAGUCCCAGCUACCCAGAAACCUGAGGCAAGAGAAUCACUUGAGCCUAAGAGACCGAGGUUGCUGAGCUAUGACACCAAGGCAUUCUACCCAGGGUGGCAAAGUGAGACUCUGUCUCAAAAAAAAAAGUCAAGUGUCAUUUUCCAAUGGCCCAGAGGAUAUUUUGGCAAUGACUAUCUGAUUUCAAACCAUAUGAAGGAAAAGUACGUGAUGGGGCUUUUUAGUUUUUAGUCAGCUUCUGUGACCUUGUGUGUCACAUCAUUAAGAGCCAUAAUUUCCAAUCUGCACAAAUUCUGGUCAUGUGAAUAAUGAUGAAUGUCUAUUUGGUUAUAAUUUAUUUAACUUUCAUCUAAUAAGUCAAAUAAAAUAAUCAUUGCUGAGCACAAUCACAUGUUAAAGCAAGUGUAUUGUUAUUUUUGCCUCUUGUUCAUUUAUACUUAACAUUUAAAAGAAAAAUUAACAACCUAAAACAAUAUAGUGGUUGCUUCUCUGCGGAAACACUCAGACUUUGCUAGCUUCAUCUGAAUACAGUACUGAAAAAUCAUUUUCUCUAUAAUAAAACAUGAAAAAUGGAAAUGUAGUAACUAGAAGUGGGUCGCACAUAGGCAUAAAUGCAAUGUGUUGUCUUCUGGGCAAGACAACGGAGAACAUAAUAUUUGAGGCUAAAAACAGAAAACAAAUUUUAAAAACUCAAUUUGUAUGAAUUUAGGCAAGUGUCAAUCUCUUAGAACCUCUGUUUCAUCUUUAAAAUGUGGCUAAUGGUAUGACUUUCCUCCUUUGAUUUUUCUAUGUGAAAUAUUCUGAAAAUUAUGUGAUUUUUCAAGAAAUUUAUAAUAUCAUAGUUCUUCCCUACAGGGAACCAGAAUGACCCUGUUGCUCUUAUGGCCUUAUGGGCUGCAGAUAUGGUCAGGGACACAGGGUCAGUAGUUUCUAUGUACUAAGACCAGGCCCCUGGUAGAUCAGGUGGGUAACAGUCACACCCCCAAGAAAAGGUCCCUUACUGACACAAUAAAUCUACAAUAAAACUUCCCUCUAUAAUGAAACUUGCUGCCUUUAUGUAUAGAGCUUCUUUAUAACCUUUAGAGUGUCUGUUAUGGGCCAGCCCAUGCGUGUACUGCUGAUGACUUUUAUAACUGAAAUAUUACAAACCCAAAAAAGAAAAAGUCCAAGAUGAAAACAGAAGUCUUGCCCUUUAAGUGGACCAUUCAGACCUUGCAUAUGAUUUUAAGAUAUCUAAUCUUACAGUCAUUCACUGUGAGGAUUUUAAAUAAGGAUAGAAUUAAUCUGCAGUCUCACUACUGUUCCCUCUAAGCAAUGUGUUGUGAUCAACCUUAGUAAGUGAGUAAAGCAGUUAACUGCGUUGUUACAUUUAAGUGGUGGUUAAACUACUUCCAAAAUCUGAUUCUUGUUGUCUAGCAAUCUGGCUUUGUCAGUAUCUCAAACUUGCUUACCAAGAGGCCGCAUCCACAAUCAUGGGAUUAUAGAGGGCCAACACAGGGUAGGACCUUUACAGAACACCUGAUCCAACCCUCUCAUUUUAAAGUCUAGGAACUGGGACCGGGUAAGGUGACUAAUUCAGCCCAGGUGAGAGCUUCAGUGCCAGAGUUAAGAGAAAACAUUGUUUCUUGACUUUACAAUUACGUUUUCUGCUUUUUUAAGCAAAAGUAUCUCUCUGAUAUUGCAUGAAAUGUACUAAAAAUGUAUUUGUUCAUUUUAAAUUGAAAUUUAACUAUGAGUCCUACAUUUAUGGUUGCUAAAUCUAACCAGAUAGGGCCCCACAAAGAAGCCACUGAGAUGGGGUCUUGGUACUUGAUCACUCACCACCCGCAGUGAGGACCACAGGCUGGUAGUAGCAUAAAUAGCCAGUGGGAUGAGAUGGACGAAGAGUAAGAACUUGCAUUGCUGAUAAAUGGAAUGGUAUACCAGUGAAAAGAAACGCAUUCGCUGGUGCUAUGUAGCAGAUGUUUUGAGAAUUAUGGAAGAAACAGAGACUGAAAGGAUAACAAAAUCAGUGACUACUGCUAAACUUGAUUGAUCCUUCAGAAACAAAUAAUGAAAAGCUGAGCAUGACUAAUCUCCAACUGAAAGCUAAGUGAAAAGGCUGAGGGCCUGCUUAAAGCUCCAGUAUAUGAAGAGGCUCGCAUCUCCUCCAGAAGGGCAGACCCUUGAUGUGAAGAUCAGAGUUGUCAAGCUCCAAAGGUUAAACUCCCAACAAAAGAAGGUCUGCUCUGCUAAAGUCAGAACAUGGACGAGAAGAUACUAGGACCCUGACCCUGUCUGGGCUGGCCACUUCCAGAUUACGGUUUGUGUAGAGUUCGUGGGCAUUUGGAAAUAAAGGGGAAAUUAAAGCAGGGGUUCAAUCAAAUUUGUUAGCAAGAUUUUUCUGUAAAAGACCUGAUAACAAGUAUUUUAGGCUUUGUGGACUACACAGUCUCUGUUGCAACUGCUCAGCUCUGCUGCUGUAGCUGAAAACAACCGCAGACGGUAUGUACUUGUAAAUGAAUGAGCAUGGCUU